CAUGGAACUCGUGUGUACCACCAUUUUCUUAAAUAUUUAGCACAAAAAACAAAUGGCCAGGACGAAAAAAAAAAUCCAGACAAAGAUCAAAAACAAUGGAAAAACUGUAAAAUAUGGAUAGAAAACGUGUCAAAAUUACCAUUCGUAGGGAAAAAUGUUAUGUUAAUAGGAGAACAAUAUAUCAAUGCUUACUACUAUAUGAAGGAUUGCGAUACUAUGAUACGCGAUUAUAAUGCCUUUUAUGAUUUUUUCAUGGACAAAUAUAAAGACAUUAAUCCAGAUACUAAAUAUAAUAAUUUACGUCAGAGUUGUGAUAUGUUCCUGAGACUAAAUUCGCAAUAUAGAUUCAUGGAUAAACUUUCAAAUUAA